UCCAACCAAACCAUUCCCCAAAUCCUCCCGCCCAAACCCCCACGCAAAUUUCCCCAUCUCCCUCACUCCCUCCUAAAAUCCACCCAAAUUUCCCCUAUAAAAUCCACCCAAAUUCACCUCUCCACCGCAGCAAUCCUCCCCGGUGAAUUCCAAUUCGAAAGCACCAAACCCCUCGUAGCAGCAACAGCAGCAGCAGAGUCUUCUUUCUCUCCGGCGGCGAUGUCUGGGCGCGGCAAGGGUGGCAAGGGGCUCGGCAAGGGCGGGGCAAAGCGCCACCGCAAGGUGCUCCGCGACAACAUCCAGGGGAUCACGAAGCCGGCGAUCCGGAGGCUGGCGAGGAGGGGAGGCGUGAAGCGUAUCUCCGGGCUCAUCUACGAGGAGACCCGCGGCGUGCUCAAGAUCUUCCUCGAGAACGUUAUCCGCGACGCCGUCACCUACACCGAGCACGCCCGCCGCAAGACCGUCACCGCCAUGGACGUCGUCUACGCGCUCAAGCGCCAGGGACGCACCCUCUACGGAUUCGGCGGCUGAGCGCGUCCCGUCCCUCGUCCGCUGCUGCUGCUGGGUGCUGCCGCUGCUUGUUCUUUCCGGUUCCCUGUGCUGUGCUUUUGCUUUGGCGUUGCAGAGGGAUAAGAGAUCCGUAGUUCUGUGCUGUGAUCCUUGGGCGGUGGUUGUGAUGUAUUGAUCGAGCUAUGGUUCGACUCCCAGUUGUAUCCCUGUUCGUUUCCUUGACGGUAAUGGAAUGUUAAUUCCGGUCGGCUAGCAA